AUGGAUGGGGAAGAAUUUUGGGAUGGAGAAGAAAAUGAAGCUAAGGAAGCAAAAGAAGUUAAGGAGGAUGGAGAAGAAGUUAGGGAAGGAGAAAAAGUUAAGAAUGAAGAACAAGUUAGGGAAGGACAAGAAGUUAAGAUUGGAGAAAUAGUUUGGGAUGGGGAAGAAGUGAAGGAAGGAGAAGAAGUUAAGGAAGAAGAAGAAGUUUUGGAUGGAGAAGAGGUUAAGGGUAAAGAAGAAAAUAUAGAUGGGGAAGAAGUUUGGGAUGAAGAAGAAGUUAAGGAGGGAGAAAUGAUUAUGGAUGGAGAAGAAGUUAAGGAAGGAUAA